GUUGCUGUAACAUCACCACAAACAAAAUAAAAAUCUAAACUUUUAUCAUUUCUCCAGAGAGCACUAAAAAUCUGAAACCCAGUAGAUUCAUCGUCAUCAUCAUGCUCACCAUGAGAACCAAAGCACAAGAUUCAACCCCCAAAUCAAACCCUAACCCAGAAUUAAUCAAUGAAACCCCAAAGGUCUCUCUUUACGAGCAAUGCAGAGAAGAGAGGAUCAAAGAGAAUCUUCAGAGGAUGCAAAAUUUGGGUAUCUUGAAUCUCUCUCGCAAACUCAAACCCCAGACCCGACCCGGUAAAAGAUCUUAUGGUAACCCUAAUUCCUCUCAGAAUCCGACUCCUCCUCUUCAGCCUUCUCGUCGAUCUUCUCGAUUGGAGAACACAACUCCAGUAAUCUACACUGAUGGGAUCUAUGAGAAGGGUAAGAAAACUUCUAAACGAGAGAGUGUGGUGGUGAUUGGUGAAGGGACAAGAGCCGAGAUUUACACAGAGGAACAUGAGAAGCUUCUUGGGAAUACAGAACGAAGCUGGACUUGUUUUGUUGAUGGUUAUGAUAAGAAUGGUAAACGGAUUUAUGAUCCGUUUAACGGUAAGACUUGUCAUCAAUGCAGGCAGAAAACGAUGGGAUAUCGUACACAGUGCAGCGAAUGCAACCUGGUUCAAGGACAAUUCUGUGGAGAUUGUUUGUUCAUGAGAUAUGGUGAACAUGUGCUUGAAGCUCUGGAGAAUCCAAACUGGAUUUGUCCUGCUUGUCGCGGGAUUUGCAAUUGCAGUUUGUGCCGGAAUAAUAAAGGAUGGGUUCCAACUGGCCCGAUUUACAGAAGGAUAGCUGCACUUGGGUAUAAGUCUGUAGCACAUUAUCUGAUUCAAACCAAACGGGCGCAAACUCAAGAUGCAGCCCCAAAUCAAGCUUCUGCAAAGAGAUCACUUUCCUUUCAAGGAAAGAUUGCUGAUGAUGAAGAAGUACCAACGCUUGAGAAUGAUGAUUCCUUGCAGAAAGAGGAAGAUGAAAACAUAAACGAAAAUCAGAAUGGUGAUCUCCCUGAAGAAGUACAAAAGAUUCAGAUCAUCGAAAAUCAGAGUGGUGAUUCCUUGAAGAAAGAGGAGGAUGAGACGCUGAAUUCAGCUAGAAGGUCACUGAGCUUCUUAUUGCCUUCUGUGGAUGAUCAAACUUCAUUCGUGGAUGUUCAGGUCUUAAGUUGUCUUGAGCCACCAAAGCAAGAACAUUCAUGUGCCCACAAUGGUGAUGAUCUUCCAGAAGUUCAGGAAAAGAUAGGACAACACUUGAAUUUGGAGACGAAACCAGUUAGCUACGUGCUUCAUCUGGAUGACGAGACUCCAUUUGCUGAUGUUCAGGUCUUGAGUUAUCUUGAGACGCCUAAGCAGGAUAAACAAGAACAUUCAUGUGCCCACAUUGGUGAUGAUCUUCCAAAAAUUCAAAAAUGGACAGGACAAGACCCGGAUUUGGAGACAAGACCAGUUAGCUACUUGAUUCCUGUGGAUGAUCAAACUCCAUUGGUGGAUGCGCAGGUUUUGAGUUAUCUUGAGACGCCAAAGCAGGAUAAACAAGAACAUUCAUGUGCCCACAUUGAUGAUGAUCUUCCAGAAAUUCAAGAAGGGACAGGACCAGAUUUGAAUUUGGAGACAAGUUUUGGGGAAAGUCAGACCGUUGUUGUCAAAGCUCAGAACCAGGUCAUAUGCGAUGAGACUGAGACCGGGGAUAAGAGUAAGAGUAGGAGAAGAGAUGGUUCUGAUUCACCAAUUGAUGUUAGAAGAAAAGCUUCAAUGCUUAGGAAAUUGUAUGAAGAUAAGCUUAGAGAUGCUCUUGAAGAAGCAUCUGAGAAUGGGUUGCUCUUUAAAUCUCAAGAAGUUGAGAAAGAGAAUCAAGAUGAUAGCUUAGGUCGUUCUAGAUCUUUGGCUAGGUUACACGCUCAACGUGAGUUCUUACGUGCUACUGCUUUAGCUGCUGAACGCACUUUUGAGUCUGAAGAUGACAUACCUGAGCUUCUUGAAGCUUUUAAUAAGUUUCUUAUUAUGUAUCCAAAGUUUGAGACUUCUGAGAAAGUUGAUCAGUUGAGAUCUGAUGAGUAUGGUCACUUGUUGGAUUCUAAGGUAUGUCUUGAUUACUGUGGAUUUGGGCUUUUUUCGUAUGUUCAGACUUUGCAUUAUUGGGAUUCUUGUACGUUUAGUUUAUCGGAGAUUACUGCGAAUUUGAGUAACCAUGCGCUUUAUGGUGGAGCUGAGAUUGGAACUGUGGAACAUGAUCUCAAGACUAGGAUAAUGGAUUAUCUUAAUAUACCUGAGAGUGAGUAUGGUCUUGUUUUCACUGUAAGUAGAGGCUCUGCGUUUAGGUUGCUUGCGGAAUCUUACCCUUUUCAUACGAAUAAGCGGCUUUUGACAAUGUUUGAUCAUGAGAGUCAGUCUGUGAAUUGGAUGGCUCAGACUGCGAGAGAGAAAGGUGCGAAAGCUUAUAACGCUUGGUUUAAAUGGCCAACUUUGAAGCUGUGUUCCACGGAUUUGAAGAAGCGUUUGUCUCACAAGAAGAGGAAGAAGAAGGAUUCUGCGGUUGGGUUGUUUGUGUUUCCUGCGCAGUCUAGGGUUACGGGUUCUAAGUACUCUUACCAGUGGAUGGCUCUGGCUCAGCAGAACAACUGGCAUGUGUUGCUUGAUGCUGGUUCUUUAGGUCCCAAAGAUAUGGAUUCGCUCGGGUUAUCAUUGUUUCGACCAGAGUUUAUCAUCACCUCGUUCUACAAGGUCUUUGGGCAUGAUCCUACAGGUUUUGGAUGUCUGUUGAUUAAGAAGUCGGUGAUGGGUAAUCUUCAGAGUCAGUCCGGGAAAACAGGAUCGGGAAUUGUGAAGAUCACACCUCAAUAUCCGUUAUAUCUCAGUGAUUCGAUAGAUGGUCUGGACGGAUUGGUUGGUCUUGAAGAUCAUGACGUUGGUACAAAUGGUGAUAAACCAGCCUCCGCAGAGGCUGCUCGUAGAGCUGCUCAGAUGCCGGUAUUCUCUGGUGCAUACACUUCAGCUCAAGUGAGGGAUGUGUUUGAGACAGACCUCUUAGAAGAUAAUGCCUCUGAUAGAGAUGGGACUAGUAGUACCAUAUUUGAAGAAAAUGAAAGUGUUUCGGUUGGAGAACUGAUGAAAAGCCCAGCUUUCAGUGAAGAUGAGUCAUCUGAUAAUUCCUUUUGGAUCGAUUUGGGUCAAAGUCCGCUUGGGUCUGACCGUGCGGGUCACUUGAACCACCAUAAAAUCGCCUCUCCAUUGCCACCGUUUUGGUUUACCAGCAAACGGCAAUCACCAAAACCGGUAGCAAAGAGUUACAGCAGUCCUAUGUAUGAUGGUAAAGAUGUCCUCUCGUUUGAUGCUGCAGUUAUGUCAGUUACUCAGGAGACAAACUCAACACCAUCACGGAAUCUGAGGAACUCUAAUAAUCUCCAAGUUCAAGAGAUACAGGAAGAAAACUGCGGUAACAUUGUAUAUCGCGCAGGAUCUGGUUUUGGAUCAAAUGGCUCAAGCUCCAAGAUUUCUUCAGAUAUGAAAGAUAACGCAAUUAGACGAGAAACAGAAGGUGAGUUUAGGUUAUUGGGAAGAAGGGGUACUGGUGGGAGGCUUUUGGGUGUGGAAGAUGAACAACCAAGCAGAGGAACACGGGUUUCAUUUAACAUGGACCGUGUCAGUCAUAGUCUGGACCAAGGUGAAGCUUCUAUGGCCAGUGUAUAUGACGAAAGUGAUGGUGAAAACCCGAAUGAGGAUGAUUGGGACAGAAGGGAGCCCGAGAUUGUUUGCAGCCAUAUCGAUCAUGUGAAUAUGUUAGGUCUUAAUAAAACCACAAGUAGGCUCAGAUUUCUGAUUAACUGGCUUGUGAUCUCUUUGCUACAGCUGAAAGUGCCUGAACCAGGCAAUGACGGUAGCAGCAGAUACAUGAAUCUUGUGCAGAUUUAUGGCCCAAAGAUAAAGUACGAAAGAGGAGCAGCGGUUGCUUUCAACGUAAAAGACAAAAGCAAAGGGUUUGUAAGUCCAGAAGUUGUUCUGAAACUGGCUGAGAGAGAAGGUGUAUCUCUUGGUAUUGGUAUCUUGAGUCACAUACGCAUAAUGGAUCUUCCGAGAAACCACCGUGGGGGCGCUAGGAUCAAGGAAGAUAGUUCUUUGCAUCUGCAGAGAGAAGCUGGUAAACGCGGUGGAAAAAAUGGGUUUGUGCGGUUUGAGGUUGUCACAGCUUCCCUCAGCUUUUUGACAAACUUUGAGGAUGUUUAUAAGCUAUGGGCUUUUGUCGCCAAGUUCUUAAACCCCGGUUUCAGCAGAGAAGGAUCGCUCCCAACUGUAAUUGAAGAAGAAGCAGAAGAUUCAGAGACGUGAUUGAUUCUUUGAAAACUUUUUGAAACCCGCUAACAUUCUAGAGGCUUCUGGAAAUGGAAGGAGGGUAAAAAGUAAAACUGUGAAUUAAGAUUUGCUAAAUAUAGUUUUUUCGUAUUG